GCCGCCGCACGCAUCACACCAGCUCGUUGCAAACCGACACGACAGUCGUCGCGAAAGCACACACGCCGUCAGACGUCUCUCAUCGUAAUAAUACAAUUUAAUAAAAAAAAAAAACUGUAACACAAUAGGAUAAAAAUUGUACGCGAUCGCGUGAAGUCCGACGGAGACAUAAUAAUUGUACCAUCGCUUCGUAUACCACCGCGAUAGGAGGAGGAAUAUCAUCAUCGCGACAUACCGAGUGGACACUGAAGACGACGACGACGACGACGAAGAGGCCGGAAGACCAUGUGCGUGAACACAGUCGAAUUACUGCAGUGAUCGAUGUUAUAAACAAUAUUUAACGCUCUCGAUAUAUGCGGAACCCGGAGUAUCGGACCACCGAAGACAUUCCAAAACUUUUCAACCGGCUGACAUGAGCGGUUGAACUCGGACACUAUACCCACUCACGAACGCGCACACGUCCGGCGCGAAUAGAACUGCACGUCUGCAAGAGGAGCGCAGCGAUUAGCCGACUUCUCCGCACGAACUCGCGACAGAUAAAAUGGCAGCUUUUCAAUGGAUAACAGCCUUAACGGUGUUCCAACUGCUGACAAGCAGUUUUUGUCUGGAAAACGGUUUAGCCAGGACACCACCGAUGGGAUGGUUGGCGUGGGAGAGAUUUAGAUGUAACACUGAUUGCAAAAACGAUCCUGACAACUGUAUAAGCGAGAAACUCUUUAGGACCAUGACGGACCUUGUGAUAUCCGAAGGGUACGCUGCUGCCGGUUACGAGUACAUAAACGUGGACGACUGUUGGUUGGACUUUGCAAGGACGUACGAUGGUAGACUACAGCCCGACGCCAAACGGUUCCCCAGAGGAAUGGCCGACCUAUCCGAAUACGUGAGUACCUGUACCUAUACAUAUAUAUUAUACUCCGACUUAAAUUCUAUUAAAUCGCGAUAAUUUACGGUUUGCGCG